GCGGCGGACUAACCCCGCCCUCAGCCUGCAGUCGCGCGGGGGAACCCGGAAGGUGUCCUGCAGGGCACACGUCAGAGUGCAGCACCUACUAGCACCGGACUUGGGACAAGUUUUCAAUUUGAGUAUUCUUUAAAUGAAACAUCGGUAAAGCCUUGUAUAAAGAAGAGAGACUCCAAUCAACAAUAUCAAUUAUAAAUUGGAAAAGAACCAUGUUGUCCUUAAACAACCUGCAAAAUAUCAUCUAUAACCCGACAAUCCCCUAUGUUGGCACCAUUUCUGAGCAGUUGAAGCCUGGCUCUUUGAUUGUAAUCCGUGGACAUAUUCCUAAUGAUGUGGACAGGUUCCAGGUGGACCUACAGCAUGGCAACAGUCUGAAGCCGAGGGCCGACGUGGCCUUCCACUUCAACCCUCGCUUCAAAAGGUCCAACUGCAUCGUUUGUAACACGAUGACGAACGAGAAAUGGGGCUGGGAGGAGAUCACCUAUGACAUGCCCUUCAAAAAAGAAAAGUCCUUUGAGAUCGUCAUCAUGGUGCUCAAGAACAAAUUCCAGGUGGCUGUGAAUGGGAAGCACACUCUGCUGUAUGCCCACAGGAUUGGCCCAGAGAAGAUAGACACCCUAGGCGUCUAUGGCAAAGUGAACAUUCACUCCAUUGGGUUCAGCUUCAGCUCGGGUUUACAGAGUAUGGAAACAUCUACCCUGGGACUGACGCAGAUAAGUAGAGAAAAUGUACAUACGUCUGGCAAGGCACAGUUGAGCCUGCCGUUUGAAGCAAGGUUGAACGCCUCCAUGGGCCCCGGACGGACGGUUGUCAUUAAGGGAGAAGUGAACACAAUUGCUAAAGGUUUUAACGUUGACCUAAUGGCAGGAAAAUCAAGGGAUAUCGCUCUACACUUGAACCCACGCCUGAACAUGAAAGCAUUUGUAAGAAACUCCUUUCUUCAGGAUGCCUGGGGAGAAGAGGAGAGAAAUAUUACCAGCUUCCCAUUUAGUCUUGGAAUGUACUUUGAGAUGAUAAUUUACUGUGAUGUCCGAGAAUUCAAAGUUGCGGUAAAUGGUGUGCACAGCCUGGAGUACAAACACAGAUUUAAAGACCUAAGCAGUAUUGACACACUAGCAGUUGAUGGUGAUAUCCGUUUGUUGGAUGUAAGGAGCUGGUAGCUACCAUGACUGCCAAAUCUACUGAAAUACAAAAUGGCUUAUGUGAUCCUGGCCAUGUCAAAUGCAUCUCGCUUUCACCACAUUGUUUAUGUUGUUAAAUUGAGCUCAUACAACAUCAAGUUCUGCCUGGUGUUCUCAGGCCUGGCCAUGCAGUGUGGCUACCUCUACGUUCAGAGGAACAAAUCUGGGGCAAUCCCAGCUUCCCUUAGCCAGUGAGGCUCUACACACAGGGCCCCUUCCUGUAAAACCACACUCAACACAUAUUUAAGUGCCUACUCUAAUAUACUAGUUAAUAGGGAUGGAAGGCAUAUUUCCUGUGUAUAUUCUCUUAGCUGGGCAUAGACAUGGCAGUGCCCAGAACCCGUGUGGUCCCUGUUUUCUGGCACUCAUGUGCCCAUGAUCUCCCACUGUAGGGCCUUCCUGCUGACAUUGCAUUAACCCCAUUAGGGGGCGCUAAUGGAUGGGAAACACUGCUUCCCCAGUGAUCCUUUUCAUAAUCAACAUCUUAUCGUAUCUCAUAAUAAGACUGUGUAACACUUACUUAGCUCUUAUUGCUUUAAGCUUUAUAAAAUAAUAAAUAUGAUGCUGAACAUGGCAGAAAAACUGAGGCAACAAAACCUGAAUUUGAACAAGUAUUCUGCUCCAAGCAGAUUUCUGCUUACUGGCACUCAAGUCUGUGUGUGUGUGCCUGAGGCAAACUGUGGUAGAGAAUGGAUAAAUGCAGUUUGUAAAACCUUGGGUAACAACAUCAAGAUGAGACUCAGUGAAUGUAUAGAACAGGCACUAUCAAAGCAAAGCCUACACAGGAGGGUAACUGAACAAGGUGAGUUGGUGUAUGAACCAGCCCUUGCCCUUUGGGUCUGAAGACGUGUCCGUCUACAGCAGCAGUGAGGUCAGAAGCUGCUCUAAGUCAGCUUGCAUCAGCAAGGUCAGCUGCAGCACUCCUGCAACAUCUACUGUUUGACUGGAGCUGGGAAAAGCUCUAGGUAAAAUCUGUCUUUACGUCCUGACCUUGUUACAGAUUUCAAAGGUUUGGUGUGGGGAGGGAAGGGCUAAAAGUUAAUCAGAUCAUUUUAUUAUUUAACCACAGGAUAAAAUUCCACCAGGGUUUAGGAGUAUUCACGGCCAAUUCGCCCAGACACAUGUAUUCAUACAUGGGAAAUAAGACCCUUACCAUUUCUUACUUUCUGGGAAGUACCAAUGCAGCAAAUGCUAGUCCUUCAUUCUUUUCAUGUAAAUUUAUUAUGCUGACUCUUGGAAAACUCAAGCUACGGAGGCGGUGGGUGGAACUGGGCAAUCUGUAGGGAGGUCAAGAGGCUCCAGAACCCCUCAGCGAUGCCUCUUCAUAAAGAACACAUGACUGAACUGUUGGAGGCUGAAAGGCACUCAGGGAAACAAAAGCCCAUUCAUAUGAAAGCUUAUUUUCAUUUCUAUUUUACACAGAGCUAUCAGGACUGAUUUUGAAUAGAAUCAGUUUUAAUUCUUAGAUUCUGAUCUUUAAAAAAAAAGCUGCUGGAAUUUAAGUUGUGAGAUGUUUCAUUGUAUAUUUCCAAGUUUUAUCUCUAAAAUGCAAAGAGGCCUUUUUGUUUGUCAUAGUUCUGCAUUAAAAUUUUGUAUUAAAUUAGAA